UAAAGUCAGGGACAUUCACCGGAGCUCCAUCACACCCCAGCACACAGACCCACACUCCUGUUCCUCAGCGCAGUAAAUGGCCACACACGAGUGAGCACGGACGCAUUUUGGACGCCAGCCCUGCUCGUGGAGGAAUUAACCACCUGAUGGGCACCGGAGGAACCGUAGGGGGGGGGAGACUGUUUGGGUGUCGCUUGUUGACUUGGUGAUUUGUGAUGGCGAACAGAUAAAGGGCGCUGCAAGUUUUGUGGCACGGGGCGUGUGCGUAACAGGCUGUGCCCCCCCCGGCCGCUAUCAUCCAAAUAUAGACAGACGUAUAUUUUGGGUUAUGGUAAUGAUGUCAUAACCCGCUGGAGGCCAGGAGGAGGUGAAUAUCUCCUGUCAUGUAAGUAGCCACAUGGACGGCACCCAGCAUGGACCGGAUUGAGGUGUGUUUGUUAUCGUGACGGUCUCCUAUUCCCAGUACCGAACCAGUUCAUGCCUCGUUCUCCGUCCGCGCGCGCUCCGAGCUGCAACUUUUACCCCCUGGCCUGCGCCCGCGUCGCCCAGUAGGAGCGAGCCGACCCUGAAGAUGGAGUUCGCCAUGGUGGGUGCGGACGGCGGGUGCAACAGUCACCUGCCGUACGGAUAUGCCGGGGCUCGCGCACGGGAGAUGGAGCGCGACAGGGAGCGCGAGGCUGCACAGUCUCGAGCGGCGGCUGAGGAGGUCUCGGCCGAGGGUGGGAGCGGAGGAGGAGGAGGCGGCGGCGGCGUAACGGGGUCCACAUCCACCUCCUCUACCUCCUCCACCUCCACCACCUCAUCCUCGUCAUCCUCAUCCUCCUCCGGCGCUCAUCUCCUUAACAACCGGCAGCAUCAGUCUCGCGCCGCCUCCUCCUCCGCGAGCGCCAACAUCAGCGGUACCGCCUCGCGCUCCUCCUCCGCCUCCUCCUCCUCCUCCUCCUCCUCCUCCUCCUUGCAGCCGCCACAACACCAGCAGGAGCCGGAGCAGACGCACCGAGUUCUCAGAGAGCGCAAAAAGCAGCGCGGCGUCGGCCGGUGGAGACGCAGCCGGACUACUCUCGGCGGGGACCUGCGCCACUCGGAGCUGGCCCUGCUCGGAUCCGAGGAGGACAUCAUGAUCGAGGAGGAAGAGGCCGAGGGCGCCGAGGAAGAGGAGGCGGCGGAGGAGGAGGAGGAGAAGAGGAGCAAGAGGUCGAGCUUUCUGUGCAACAUGGAUGAUGAGGAGGAGACGGUGUCGAUCACCGACCGGCGACCUCAGUCCGGAUACGGGAACGUGUACAGCGAGUUCGGCUGCUGCGAGCGAGUGGUCAUCAACGUGUCGGGGCUGAAGUUUGAAACUCAGCUCAAGACUCUCACCCAGUUUCCGGACACUCUCCUGGGAGACCCCGACAAGAGAAUCAGGUACUUCGACCCGCUGAGGAACGAAUACUUCUUCGACCGGAACCGACCGAGCUUCGACGCCAUUCUUUACUACUACCAGUCGGGGGGGCGGUUGAAAAGACCCGCCAACGUCCCGUUCGACAUCUUCUCCGAGGAGGUGAGGUUUUACGAACUCGGGGAGGAGGCGAUCCUCAAGUUUCGGGAGGAUGAGGGCUUCGUGAAGGAGGAGGAGAAGCCGCUGCCGGAGGACGAGUUCAAGCGUCAGAUCUGGCUGCUGUUCGAGUACCCGGAGAGCUCGAGUCCCGCCCGGGGCAUCGCGGUCGUGUCCGUCCUAGUUAUUGUCAUUUCCAUCGUCAUUUUCUGCCUGGAGACGCUGCCGGAGUUCAGGGAUGAGAAGGAGUAUCUGCAGCCGCGACUCAACUCCACCGAGCCGGACCACGGGUUCACCCCCUUCAACGACCCCUUCUUCAUCGUGGAGACGGUCUGCAUCAUCUGGUUCUCCUUCGAGAUCAUAGUCCGCUUCUUCGCGUGUCCGAGCAAAACCGCUUUCUUUAAAAACAUUAUGAACUCUAUAGACAUUGUCUCCAUUUUGCCUUACUUCAUAACUCUCGGCACGGACCUGGCGCAGCACCAAGACAACGGGCAGCAGGCGAUGAGCUUCGCCAUCCUGAGAAUAAUCCGCCUCGUGCGGGUGUUCCGCAUCUUCAAGCUGUCCCGGCACUCCAAGGGGCUGCAGAUCCUGGGUCACACCCUGCGCGCCAGCAUGCGGGAGCUGGCCCUCCUCAUCUUCUUCCUGGUCAUCGGUGUCAUCCUCUUCUCCAGCGCGGUGUACUUCGCCGAGGCGGACGAGGCCUCGUCCCAGUUCACGAGCAUCCCCGACGCGUUCUGGUGGGCCGUGGUGACCAUGACGACGGUGGGCUACGGCGACAUGAAGCCCACCACCGUGGGGGGGAAGAUAGUGGGCUCGCUGUGCGCCAUCGCGGGCGUGCUGACCAUCGCGCUCCCGGUGCCGGUCAUCGUGUCCAACUUCAACUACUUCUACCACCGGGAGACGGACAACGAGGACCCGUCGGCGGUGGUGGAGACCCUGCCCCCGGGGUGCCCUUACUUCCCGGACUUUCUAAGGAAAUUCAAAGGCUCGCCCUCUGGAUCCUCGAUGGGCGACAAAGCGGAGUAUAUGGAGAUGGAGGAGGGGGUCACGGAGUCGCUCUGUGGCCUGGACAAGAGCCCGAGUAAAGGAAACGGCACAGACAUAAGCAGAAAAAACAGCACUAACUCAAAAUCCAUUCAGACUGACGUGUGAUCACAAGUAGAGUUUCGUUUCGUGUUCUUUUUGGUUUCUAAAGAAGAAUAUUCCCUAUAAUAUAUUAUAUUAUAUUAUAUUAUAUUCCCUACGCCCAAGAGCAGGUGGUCCCCUCUGACACACGUUUUACGCACGCCACACACACACACGUGCACGCACACACACGUGCAAGCACACAGACACCAAUUGGCAGUUUUCAUUCUCUCCCAUCUCAGAACAAUAGCUUCUCCUAAAUCCUCUCUCCACACAGAAGAACCAACGAUUAGGAACAAGUACAACUAAUAUUUGCCUAAUGGGUUGAUUCAUUAAUCCAUCUAACCUGAAUGGGCUUCCGAAUUCGACAUUAAAAUGGAAAUUUGAGACAAGACAACCUUUGCAUUUGCACUUUAUGGGUUUCAUCGGUCAAUAAGAGAAUGGACAGGGGGCAGUGGUUCUUUGCUGUUAUGCAAUAAAGUUACAAAUUUGUUUGCACUAAUGUAGAAUUUGCGCUGGGUUUGGCAUCUUUUUAUUUCAGAGACAAAAACUGCAGGCCAUGCAAAUGGCAAUAAGUUAGUCAUCCUCCAACUUAGCUGAAGAAUGUUUGAGCGACUUCCACAAAGAGAGCAAACUAAGGAUAAUAACAACCCCUCUAAUAUGCUGCCAAUGGAAAUUGGACUCCGACAAAGGAAAAGUCUAAGAGAUUUAUUACUUGUCCAACAGUUAAUAUUAAUUAAACCGUCAUUGAUAAGACAAAGCAUUUAGUAGUCAUCAAAUGAACCAGGGCUAGAAUUAUUUUUAUGACAUAACUUCCACAACAGGCCUCAAAGGCCUCAUGUUGACCCACCAUGAGAGCUAAGCACAUGAGUCAUCCGAGUCAAAAAGUGGCUGGAGAAACGACUUACCCCGCCAGGUUUUUGUAUGGACAGGCUUGGAGCCUUGGCAACAACAGUUUCCCAAGUUUCAUUUAAACCACCUCAAAAUGACAAUAUCCCUUUACAUGGACGCAGAUGGAAAGCUAUAGCAAAAAUGACUCUGUGUUGUGGAAACUCCGCGGAGGGGAGUUUGUGAGCCACUUCCUCUCCUGUCCGCUGGACUUUGUGCACAAAAUAUUUUUUUUCUCAAGAGGACUAUGAUUACCUCCGAGCUCAGAGGAUCUUCAGGAUGUGGAUGUCUUCCAAGCGCUGCCAGUUACAGGGAGAGGGAGUAUCCGCCCCCAAAUCUCUGGAAAUUGCAGAGAACAAGCAAAACAUUGCGACCGGUCGUCUUGAGCACGAGCGGACACUGAUAACAACAACAACAACAACAACAACAACAACAACAACAACAACAAAUGGACGGGACUCGGCAUUUGGACGAGUGGAGAUGAGAGCUGCUGCCUGACGUCAGUAAAUAAAACCCCGGAGGGUUGGGACUGAAGUUGGCAAAUGAGUAAGUCGUGGCCCAAAAUGAUUGCCUUAAUUACUACACAUAUACAGAUGUAUGGAGCGAUGGAACUAAGAGACUUACACGAGUUCAAAGAUGUUUUCUCUACAUGUGAAAAAAGUGUCUUGUAAGGAACAGAUGUGAAUAUUUUAAUAUGAUAGAGUUAAUGUUUGGUUGUAACGUCGACAUAAUGUUUUAGUUGGGUCGGCUUCGUAGGUGUCAUUGGUUCCUAUAAGUGGUGAGUUUUGCUCUCUGCUUGAGCGCAGUCAGCAGUACGACUUCAACCUAUUUUUAUCUUGUUUCAUAUCGUCAACCAAACAAGGCUGGCCUGAGUUGCUCGCUCACUCGAAAAACGCUGGCAACUUGAAAACUUAAGUCAUAACACAUGAAAAAUCCUCAUCCGCAGAGUGUAUAGAGGGAUCGGGAGAAGAAACGCGAGACAAAUACUGACUGACUAAUUGCAACAUCAGAAGUAUAUCCUCUUACAUUAAGAUCCACUCACACUAAAGCAAAGAUGUCAGGCAGAUAAACAUCCUCACAAAUAUCCGCCACACUCACUUUCUAUCACAGAAACAACGGCGGAUGAGACUCGCAGGGCGUUUGUCUGCCCCCGAGAGUCAUCGACAUAACGGCGAAAUACCUUAGGUUUUUUUCUCAGAUGCAACUUUAGAGCUGACCGGCUGCUUUGUUGAUGUUUUCACUUUGACUUUAACUGUAUGCAAAAGCAACAUGGACGUGUGUUCUAUAUUUUUUUAAACCUAGCCUUGAUAAUUACAUAACCAAAGGUGAAACCCUGAAUCUAUUGUAUGUUGUGGACUUCUGGAAAUGUUGUGAUAUAGAUGCACACUGAAUAGGAGAAAAAAAAAAUGUAAAUAACAGACGUUUAUACUUGUGUGUCCUAAGAUGUGUUGCAGGUUAGAGUAAACUGAGACUUUUUACUUUCUUUGACUGUUACGACCAUCGACCAUCACCAUCUGUGUUCGGUUUGUCCUCGCUGAUACAAUACUGGUCUUCAUAUUGUUGCGAAUGCUGCUUCAACAUUGUCCAUUCUCAUGUUUUUUGGCAUUUGAAUUGAAAAUCCCCCCUUUUCUCUUUGAUUUAACAAACUGAAACAUGAAGUCGCUGAUGUUAUUUGUGCAGCUUUGUCAGAGAGGCAGCGGAUCGUGUUACCUCACUUAGACAUGCUGUGUUGCCCAUGAGAGAAAUUAUUACAAGAGGAAGUUUUAUUUUACCUUUUAUUGGAAGGAGUAAUAAGUUAUAUGACAUAUUUUUAUGAAGACAGUGUUUUAUUUUCAUAUAUUUUCCUUUAAAAAAAUUCCUUAACAUACUAUGUUAACGAUUAGGACACUCUUAAUCUCAGUGUCUGUUUCAAGAAAAAUCCAAAGUUCACAUUCUUGUUCUUUUCCAAAUAUUCAUAUCUAUAAUUACCUCAAUAAUCGUAUUCCUCAGAAAAGCUGUUUACUGAAUGUUCCAGAUAUUUUCAUAGUGUCAGACCCACAAAAUAGCCACAAUACUUCCAGUACCAGAACUGUCAAAUUUGCAAAAGUUGUUGCUUCUUUAAAAAGUUAAAUUACAUAAAACCCAAGAAAUUAAAGAGUAAACAGUGAAGAUUGACUUAAAUAAAAAAUGUAUAAAUCUCAUUCAUGUAAAGAUGAAAUAUCAUCUCGUACACCUGAGAGUUGAAAAGUAAAAAAUGAAGAGUUAAGUAAGUAAAUUUUUACAUUUUCAAGGAUAAAUCCAGUCACCACCCUUUCUUUGAGAUUUAGAUGAGAAGAUCCAAAACCAUUUUGCUGCUACUGCCUGCAGCCAUUUAGCUUAGCUUAGCAUAAAGACCAUCUUAUUCAUUUAAUUUUUUAAUUUAUCAACAUUAAACUUCUGCCAAGGAAUAGUCGGAUACGUAACUUUCCCAAAUUUCCCUGUUAGACUUUGUGUUUUUUGAAGGAUUGAACAAACUUGAAACAAUGAUCAAUAAGAGAGCGAUAGACAAGAUAGUACUCAGGUCUUUGUUUGCUGUUCCCCCUGUUCCCAGCCUCUUUGCUAAGCUAGGCUAACCAGCUCCACCUGUAUUUGCAUAUUCUCUUCACAGACAUGAGAGAGGUAUCGAUCUUGUCAUCUAAGACUCAGACACACAAAAAAACACAAAAAAACAGAAUACGCCUAUUUCCCAAAAAGAAAGACAAAGAAAAUAAAUAAAUAAAAAGCAUAAUAUCUUUUUCAAGCGGUGGUUUAAAUACUAAUCUCGUCAGAUUACGUGCUGACGGAGGCCUGAGCUGGGGCCGGCGUGUGGUGAACCCAGAUCCAGGACUAUCAUAACCAACAGCUAAUAGUGGCCAGAAGCUGCACUGCAACAAUACUGAUAAAGUUGUGAGAGACAAAUUAAUCUAUUUAGUCGUACAUUCAGUCGGGUGCUGACACGAAGCAGCACGAGAGAUGCACAGCCGAAGAGUAACACGCUCACAGGUCGGCACAAAGCUCAGGAUCAGCCUGAGAGUCGAACCUCGAGGCCGCCGCAUCAAAUCAAGCAGAACAAACAAGAGCAAAGAAAGAAAACAGAGAGAAUUCUCCUGAACUGGACAGUCCAACCCUUUUCCUCAACCUAUUAAUUAAAGUGAUUUAUUUGGUUAGAGGCCACAAUUAAUGUCAAGUUGCACCGACACAGUGCCCUCACUUGAAUCUGCUUCCAUCAGGAGGAACCCGGAGAAGGGCAGCGUACUGUAAAGCAUGAGGGGAGAGGAUGAUAAAGGUCGAUAGGCAGAUUUUGAAGCAGAUUAAAUAUUACAGGAGGAAAACUAAUUUAUCCUGGUGUGAGCUGAAUGAGAGAAUAAAAAGGUCAUAAUCCAGAGUGAUCCACACGGACAUUUAUCAUGAUUCUAGGACAUUCAGGUCAUAUCAUGAGCGGGAAAAAAUAUAUAUAUACAACAAAUUUUCUUGGACUUAUUCGUGCUACAUGUUCCUGUAGAUGUUAGAAUGACCUGCAGUGAUAACGUGUUGUAACUGUCGUGAUUCAGCACCGUUAAUGAGUAGAUUUGAAAAAGCUGUUAGGGAGGUUAACAGUGAGUCUGUGUGGGGACAUUAGAUAAAACACAGAACAAGGUGAGAGAAGAACAGUUUAAUUACGUUCACCUCUGAGCUCGAUUUUCUAAUGUUUCUCAGCAUCAGGGCUGCUGGCCCGAGGAGGGGGAGGAGGAGGAGGAGGAGAUUUACCCCACACAGUUUAAUCAUGUUCAGUUAUGCUCUUAAAAAUAUAUAAAUAUAAGAAUUUAACUCAUUCGCAAGAUAAUUCUCACUGGGGAUUGAUUUCGCGUUAGGCAGAGCCGUCCCGGUGUCCACAUGGUGAGAAACUGCUGUUCAGCUCGAGCUCACGAAUUUUUCCGAGGCCUAAACAACUCAGAGACUCGUCCGAUCCUCUCUGUGCUUUCAGCAGAGCAACUCGGGCGAGAUUGACUUUAGGAUGAAUGCCUCCGCUAAUCAAUAACAAAGGCUUUCUUCUAAAAAAAACAACCAAUUGACCACAGAUCUAAGGCCACACGCAGAACAACAGCCCAGUGUUAAGAUUUAGUGAUGUACUGAGUUUUUGCACUGCUUCCAGACAUAUUUGACCGAUGCACGUCACAAAAUCGGAAUAAUUUUUUUAAUGUAUGAACGUGCGUAAAAUAGGUGCUGGGAGGAAGUUCCUCUGUCGUCUGUUUUAUUUGCACCAUUAAGCAAACCAUAAACUUGGGGGGGUUUUUUGGGUCAUAAAAGAGAAAAAGUACCUCAAGCAAAUCUUUUGGGUAUUGAUUAAACAUUAAGAUUUUUAGUUAUAAGAACGAGACUUAGGCUUUGUUUCAACCGAUAAAUGAAUAAUAAUAAAAUAAACAGGAAAAAUAAGAGUUUCAACGUAGCUGUAACAAACUGGAUUGUCUGUUUCUUUUCUUUUUAUUGAUCAUCUGGGUCGUGUCAAUCUCUGUGAUGCUACCCAGAGGAGAGGAGGAGCUAAAUCACUGGGAAAUAGUGGAGGAAACAACCAUAAUGGUGUAAAAAAACCCACAUUUUAUCCGAACAAUCAAAUGAGGAGCAGGCAAACUGGUGUAAUCGUAAUCAGGAUGGACGUGUUGAUACGAAACCGACUUUUUACAUAUCUGAAUUAAUUUAUCAUGUAUUAAAUUUAGUGUAAAAAAAACACUUCACAUUCUACGCAGGCCGCAUGGUCGACAUUUUCUUGCGGCUUGGUUUUGACUCACACAUUCAAAAAUAAAGGUAAUGCAUCAGUCUGAGGACGGAACUGUAACAUGCACCGUGUUAGAUAACACCAGGGACCCGUUUUAUGUCUUAAUCUCCUUAUGAACAAGGUGGCUUAUGAGGAGCGCUGCAAAAACUGUUGAACAGUGACGCAGUCGGAAUUUAUUUAGUAUUCGUGCUGGAUAUUACGUGACUUGACUGGAUUUUGGGGUUGUUCUGCACAGUCUGCCUCCUGCGGAACAGUAUUGGUGCUCUUUGCUGCUACAGUGUUUGCCCGGUCACAUCUGUAUCGAGGAAGUUGUCCCGCGUAGAAGAUAAAUAUAAAGGCUUUGCAGAAUUCAUAUGUUUGUUGAAAGGCCUCGGUGUACACGGCCAACGUGAGCUCUUCACUGACGUCACUGGGUUAAUAACGGAGUUAUCACACGUCACUUGAUCAUCACUUAAAGCUGUCAUUUUGGUUGCAGAUAGAAGACGACACAUUCUUUCAGACAUUAUGAUAAUGAUUAAAUGAUAAUAGCCUUCAUUAGCUUUAACGUCACACAGAUUAAACUUGGUAAUAUUGGAACACCUUUAGAUUUCCGGCUCAGAGUGAGGAGACCAUGUUAUGCUCAAUCAAGAAGGGGAAUUAAAUGCUUAAGUGCUAAUCCUUAAAAGCGAAUUAGCAUUUCCACCAAUUUAAUGACGGCCGCGGACCUGAUACAGUGUCGUGAAGGGUGUGGUUGGAAUACGAGAGCAGUGCCCACAUGCACGUCUUGUGGUCGGAGCACAAGUUCUUGUUCCUGGAGUGUCACGACAACCUGUGAGUUCGGCGCUGCCAGAGUUUCUUUGAGCAAAGAAGUGUCUGUUUGCUUCAGAACUGCUUGUCCUGGCUUCUGCAGUCUUCUCUAAUAUUUGUGAAGCACUUUAGUCAACCAAGUUGUUUUAAAUGUGCUUUAUUAAUAAAAUUGACAUUGAUUUUCUCUGGGUGUUUCGGACAGAUAUGUUAACACACCCUUAAUUACACCGGCCUUCGUCCAUCGAGCUGCGUGACUCUCAAGACGGAGCUCUCCAGGAUGUGAAGUUAAUUGGCAACAGUUUUGAUGAUGGUUUUAGUCAUUUCUCAAGCACCAGCGCCAAAUAGUCUGUGUUUCAGACAGGGCUGUGCAGUGAAAGUUAUAGAGUCAAAUCAUCAGUCGGACGUCCCAUCGGUUGACUGAUGAUUCUUCAAGUUGAGCAGUUUUUUCUCAGUCAGAACACAGUGUACUUCUGGGGCCAUUUCAGUCCCAGAAGUACACUGCAGAGUCAGGGGUCCUGGUUUUCAAGCUGCUUAAGUUAUUCCACUACAUCAAGUCGUCCUCUACGCUUGGUGUAGCUGUCAGCAACAGGUUCAUCCAGCUGCAGACCCGGACCAAGGGUCAGGCUGAGGGAUAUGGAGGCAGCCCCCCAGAGAACUUGCCUGUUCAGGCUCCGUCCCAACGUUAUCUUCUGCCUUCUGCUUAGACUUAUUGAUCACAGUAACCUAAUAUGAUAAAGUCUUGUGCUUUUAUUCGAUAUCUAGUGUCAAAAAGGCAAAAAAUGUUGUUGCACAUUUCCAAUCCAUCAUUAGAAUAGCUAGUGCGCAUUAGGUUGAAUGGGUAACUUGGCUUCUUUGUAUAUUUAAUGAAUAUUAAUGUCACACUGAAUAUCCUGCUGAACGCUGAUGAAAACCCCGGCAGCUUUGCUUGAUGGAACAAAUCGUUGAUAAUGAUCAGACAAUUCUGACUUGAUAGACAAAACACUUAUUUAGGAACGGCCCCGUUCAAGCAUCGCAAAUGUGAAAGUUUGAUAUCUUCAAUUUGCCACUUGUGAUGGAAUGUUUUGAGUUCUGGACCGUUGAACAAAACAAGCAAUCUGAAAAAACAACCCCUAACUAUUAGACAUUAUUACAUUAUUGUAAAACGAUUGAUAAUUGAUAACAUGACAAAAUAACUGGCAGAAGUGAAAAAUUAUCUUUAGCUGCAGCAGAAAACAGGGAAUUUCAGAAUAUUACGUAAUGUCUGCUGUGUGAUAAAUGCUCCGUGCUCUGUAAUAUGGCAACAUAAUGUUUCAUAUCACUUUUGGUAAUAAAAAAUUCAGUGCUCAAUGCCCUGGGAGCUCGACGCGCUGCAUCUGAGGAAACACAUCCGAGUAGACACAACACAAACUAACGAAGAAAACAUUUUUCAACAAUAUGACGACACUUGAGCAGCCCGUAGAAAACAAGCUGAACUAAAACAGGUUUGACAACAUAUAGAUAUCAGAAAACACAACGAAACACAGAAGAAUAGUGGUUGUGCUCUGUUAUGUUUUAUGUUAUCAUACUGGUGAAGAUGUGGUUUCUUUAAGUGCACUGCAUUGACUUCUCAGGGCCGCUGUAAUACUUGCAUUUAAAGUAUGAAUGAUGCAAAUACUCUGAAGAACAAAGCUUAAGUCGAUGACUAGAUGCUGUGUACUUCACAGUUGCAGCAGAUAUUGACAUAUUUCCCCUUUAAUAAGCCUCCAAAUUUAUAGGCAGGGAAUCACUGAGUAUGUAUACGAUAUUUUACGUGUAAAUCCACUUUCCCCCACAAAUCUUCUGAUUAAUCAAUCCACGAUAUCAUCUGCAUUUAGCUCAGAGACUCUUAACAGUGAAUAAACUCUGGAUAACUUUGUUCUAGUUUCUGAACUUCACUCCACAAGAGCUUGAUGGUGGACGCCCACUGUGUGUGACAUUGAAAAUCAAAACCUUACAGACGGAGAACAAACUGAACGUACUUGUGAAUUUAUCACAACCCGACAAGGAUGGGAUUCAAACCCGUAAUAUUCAGGUGUCUAUGCAAGCUGGUUGCAGUUUGGUCAGCCGACGCCACGGUUACAUUUACACGUUGGAAGUGCAGCACAUCCACAUCAGUCAUGAUGGUUCACACAGUCAUGUCACCUGCAGAGAGGUCAACUAUCUGCAAAGAUGCUGCAGCACAGACGCAGUGUGGUGGAAACUGUUUUUUCCAGGAUGCUCGCGGUGGUGUCGAGGGACUGAGGUCGCAUUUGCUUCAAUGUUACUGCUUCACGUACGUGUUUGCUCGAUAUCCAAACUGUUCACCUGCUGCUGUUUUGUCUUGACUCCAAACAAAAGGAGGUAAAUCAUUAUCAAUCAGCGACAAUUACUAUUAACGACCAUGUAUAAUAUUUCUACAGUUCAGGUGUUGAGAAAUAUCCAUGUGAGGUUUUGGCCAGCCUUGCUUUUAUUCUGCAUGAUGCUUUGUUUUGAGAAAAAUGCAUCCGAACCCAAGGUAUGUUCGUAUUUCUUUUCCCGAGGGUGCUCCUCUCCUUCUCUUUCACUCUCUCUCUCUCUCUCUGUAUCUUUGGAGCUUGUCACUUCUGACCUUAAUCCUCAGUUUUUUUGUUUUUCUCUUUUGUUUUCUUCUUUGUUUUACUUUUUGGUAAACCUUCCAACUUCUGGAUUUUCUACAUUCAUAACAUUUUGUAGACAGCAAUAUGAGAUGUGAUUGAAAAAUGGAAUAUGUGCAAUGUUGAUUAAAGAAAAAUAUAAUAUAUUCAAUAAAAAUUCAGAAAACAGAA